GCGAGAGUCGGGUUACAAGAUGGCGGCGGCGCCGCGGUAGCUGCCGAGGCGGCGGAGCGGCGCCAGGGAGGCCCGAGCCGGGGCGCGGCGUCGCCCUCUCGCCGGCGGGGAGCCAUGAAAAGCGGCGCGUUAAAGGCCCCGCGCUGCCCCUGAGCGGCCGCCGCCCCGCUUCCAAGCCCGCUCUCGGCUCCAUCGCCCCCCGGAGGCGGAGCGGGCCCGGGGCCGGAGCGCGGGCCCGAGGCCGGGGCCGCACCAUGUCGGACACCCGCCGGCGGGUGAAGGUCUACACCCUGAACGAGGAUCGGCAAUGGGACGACAGGGGCACCGGGCACGUCUCCUCCACCUACGUGGAGCGCCUCAAGGGGAUGUCGCUGCUGGUGCGCGCCGAGUCGGACGGUUCACUACUGCUAGAAUCGAAGAUAAAUCCAAACACUGCAUAUCAGAAACAGCAGGACACCUUGAUUGUGUGGUCAGAAGCAGAGAACUAUGACUUAGCACUGAGUUUUCAAGAAAAAGCUGGCUGUGAUGAAAUCUGGGAAAAAAUCUGCCAGGUUCAGGGUAAGGACCCUUCAGUGGAAGUCACACAGGACCUUAUCGAGUCUGAAGAGGAGCACAUAGAAGAAAUGCCCGAAACCAGUCCUUUGAUCGACCUUCCUUCUUGUGAACUCAACAAACUUGAAGAGAUUGCUGACCUUGUUACCUCUGUUCUCUCCUCACCCAUCCGUAGAGAAAAGCUAGCUCUGGCCCUGGAGAACGAAGGCUACAUUAAAAAACUAUUGCAGCUUUUCCAAGUCUGCGAGAAUUUAGAGAACACAGAAGGCUUGCAUCAUUUGUAUGAAAUUAUUAGAGGAAUUUUGUUCCUCAAUAAAGCAACUCUGUUUGAGGUGAUGUUUUCUGAUGAGUGUAUUAUGGAUGUUGUUGGAUGCCUUGAGUAUGACCCUUCUUUGGCUCAGCCAAAACGGCACAGGGAGUUCUUGACCAAAACAGCAAAAUUUAAGGAGGUUAUUCCUAUCACAGACUCUGAACUCAGGCAAAAAAUCCAUCAGACUUACAGGGUACAGUACAUUCAGGACAUCAUCUUGCCGACGCCAUCGGUUUUUGAAGAGAAUUUUCUUUCUACCCUUACUUCCUUUAUUUUCUUCAACAAAGUUGAGAUUGUCAGUAUGUUGCAGGAAGAUGAAAAAUUUCUGUCCGAAGUUUUUGCACAACUAACAGAUGAAGCUACAGAUGAUGACAAACGAUGUGAAUUGGUUAACUUUUUCAAGGAGUUCUGUGCAUUUUCCCAGACAUUACAACCUCAGAACAGAGAUGCGUUUUUCAAAACUUUGGCAAAGUUGGGAAUCCUUCCAGCUCUUGAAAUUGUGAUGGGAAUGGACGAUUUGCAAGUUAGAUCUGCUGCUACAGAUAUAUUUUCUUAUCUGGUAGAAUUUAGUCCAUCCAUGGUCCGAGAAUUUGUAAUGCAAGAGGCCCAGCAGAGUGAUGAUGACAUCCUCCUCAUCAAUGUGGUCAUUGAGCAGAUGAUCUGUGACACUGAUCCUGAGCUCGGCGGGGCUGUUCAGCUGAUGGGGCUCCUGCGCACUUUGAUAGACCCAGAGAACAUGCUGGCCACAGCUAACAAAACAGAAAAAAGUGAAUUCCUCAACUUCUUCUACAACCAUUGUAUGCACGUUCUUACCGCUCCACUUCUGGCGAACACAUCAGAGGAUAAAUGUGAAAAAGAUGCAGUAGUUGGGUCCACUAAGAGUAAUACAAUUUGUCCUGAUAAUUACCAGACAGCACAGCUGCUCGCCUUAAUCCUGGAGCUGCUCACUUUCUGUGUGGAGCACCACACGUAUCACAUCAAGAACUACAUUAUGAACAAGGAUUUGCUAAGAAGGGUGCUGGUUUUGAUGAAUUCAAAACACACUUUUCUGGCCUUGUGUGCUCUUCGCUUCAUGAGGAGGAUAAUUGGCCUGAAAGAUGAAUUUUACAACCGUUACAUCACCAAGGGGAAUCUCUUUGAGCCGGUUAUAAAUGCUCUGCUGGAUAAUGGAACCAGAUACAAUCUGCUCAACUCUGCUGUGAUCGAACUGUUUGAAUUCAUCAGAGUGGAAGAUAUUAAGUCGCUUAUUGCACAUAUAGUUGAAAACUUUUAUAAUGCACUUGAAUCUAUCGAAUACGUUCAGACAUUCAAGGGGUUGAAGACAAAAUAUGAGCAAGAGAAAGACCGGCAAAACCAGAAACUGAACAGUGUUCCAUCUAUAUUGCGUAGCAAUAGAUUUCGCAGAGAUGCAAGAGCCUUAGAGGAGGAUGAAGAAAUGUGGUUCAAUGAAGAUGAAGAGGAGGAAGGUGAAGCUGUUGUACCUCCAGUUGAGAAGUCUAAACCAGAGGAUGAUUUUCCAGACAGCUACGAAAAGUUUAUGGAAACUAAAAAAGCUAAGGAAAGUGAAGAUAAAGAGAAUCUUCCCAAAAGGACUUCAGCUGGGGGAUUCAAGUUCACUUUUUCCCACUCAGCCAGCGCAGCCAAUGGUGCAAACGGUGCAAACAGCAAAUCUGUGGCAGCUCAGACAUCACCAGCAAGCUCCAAUGGCUCCUCUUCCAAGAACGCCACUCUGACCACAGCAGUGACAGCCACAAAGGGAAGUCUAGUUGGCCUGGUGGAUUAUCCUGACGAUGAAGAUGAUGACGAAGAGGAAGAGACGUCUCCAAGGAAAAGAUCUCGUCUGGGUUCAUAAAGGAAACCAAAACUUUGGAAUAAAAACUUUUUAUUACGGGGUUUCAAAUGCUGCAACUGUUUUAAGAGCUAAAAAGAAUCUGAUUGAGAAAGCUUUCUCCCACGAGUACAUGAGAUAACGCAAGGAGUAGCAAAAGAAACUCGGUCUGUGAGCUAGAAAGGGUUAGUUCUGUAAACACAAGGCUUCCAAGGAACUGAAUGUCUUUCUAGUAAGUAAGGAGUCUGCCUUUCAGGCUGUCAAGAAAAAAAAAGAAAAGAAAAAAAAAGAAAAAGUGGGUUGGUAUUCACAGAACCUGGAUGAUGGCUUCUCAGCAAGGAAAGUCUCAGGUGUUGGGAGGGCGUGGGGGGGAAGGGAACGAUUUCUAAAAAAAAAAAACUAUUGCAGGGUUUCCCCAGUGUUUAACAGAACUAGGAAAAGCAAAUCAAGCUUAAAUUUUGAACCCGGUAAUCUUAAUUUUGUAAUGGUGCUGUCACAUUGUGUUCUUUUAGCAAUGCCUCUUUAAGAAAAAAACUGAAAAAAUUAAAAAAAAAUAAUAAUAAUAAUAAGGGAAAACUAACUGUAUUUGCAUAAGAACAAUCUAGAUUUCUGGGACCAUUUAUUACAAAUGAAACUUCUCGCGGUCGGAGGGAGGGACACUGCAUUUUUAGUGCAUGCUGAGUUGGUUUGGUUUUGGUUUUUUUAAACGAUUGAAAAUCAGUUUUAAUUUCUAUUUUCCAAGAGGAUAAAACGGAAGCUGGAUGCAGAAUAGAUGGUUCUGCUUGGUUGGUUGUUGUUUUUCUCUUUGUUCCCCCCAGCCCCCCAUUAGGUAUCCCGUAAUAACUAAGCCAAGGACUGACUGCUUCCCGAACAUCUGCAGGGACUGCUGUGCUCACAGCACGCGCACAGCUGCGGGCUUCACGCUGUGGGAGACGCGGGAUCGGAAUCAUUUUGUGCUUGGUUGAAACGAGCUGCAGCUUCUCAGAGCAGAUCUCCCUGUUUGCAACUUGAAAUUGCGUAGCUGAGGUGGUAUUAAGAAACACUAACGGGUUUUUCUUAGCGACGGGUUUAGUGGCGUUUAACAGCAAAGUCUGUGUGGACCAAGGUGGAAUUCUAGGAGCAGAAGUUCUUUGGGGCGGAAUCAGCAGGCAGCACCUCGGUCUGGGUGCGAGACGAAAGCUGCUUUUCGAAGAUAGAAAAUAAAAGUACAUUCCACGUAGGUAAAUGAAGCGCAGCCAAGCUAGGUGAGCUGAGAGAGGCCAGGUCCAGGGUUUUAUUUCAAGAACAGGAAGCGAACUGUAAAUAUUUUAAUGUUAGUUUGCCCAUAUGUGUUCUGAGAUCGCGAAGAAGGGAGAGGAAACUUCCCAGCACGUGAUGUCAGAAGUGUUAAAAAAAAGAAUGAGCUACGAAACCAGCUGCAGUCCACCACGUAGAUCACUCUUGUAAUGUGUUAUGGGUCCAUUUCUCCUGGAAUAGUCUGAACUGAAGCAGUUUCUCUGUUUUGGAGAUUUUGUAGUUAAUUUUAAUUUUAGCUAUCGUUUGGAAAAAGAUGGGCUGUCUGUGUAGAUAUGAAGUAUAGUUUUUCCAUAAAACAGAAGUUUAUUUUGUAUUAAAAAUACCACUGUACUUGUUUUACACCAUUUGUAUACACGUGGUGAUAUUAAUGCUGAACUGUACAAUUCAGGAAUUAAAAUGUGACCCUGUAAUUCCAUAA